CUCAACAGGAAAUGACUCUGCUAGAGUUAGCAGGCAGUUUUUCCUGAUGAAAGAAACCAGAAGCAACCUAAAGAAGAAUCGUGAUAGCUAGGCUGGGGCACUUGAUGUUUGGGACUUCUUGAUGUUCAUCUGCCACAGGGGCGGACUGACCAUUUGGAAACCCGGGCACUGCCCGAGGGCCCGGGAUGCCCCUGGUACCUUUUUCAUAGGCUUUUUUGAGUUUGGGCAAGGACACAGGGAGCCCAUGAUCCCCUAUUGCCUGGGG